AUGCUACGGUCCCGGCUGCCCAGUGUCUCAGUAGGAGACGAUUAUGGCAAAGGUCUUUUCGGCAGGGAAAUGGGACCUUUGCAAGAACAGCUUCGCCAUGGAGAAUACGACCUACUCAAGUUUGCUCCCAUGUUGGAAAGUGACUUUGUGCAGAUUAGCAAGCGAGGAGAAAUGAUUGACGUGCACAAUCAAAUUCAGACGAUCACUGUUGCAGUAGCCUGCACAAGCCCCAGUACGCUGGUCCCCAAUGUAUUACUUCUGGCUCGUCCCCUCUUCCCCCAUGAAGAACCUCCUCCAAAGUUUAAAUUCUUCUUUCAUCCCCGCUGCCCAGCUAAGAGAUAUGAGCUCACCAGGCUUUUUCCUCUGUGUCUGGUUAGGAUCUCAAUCCACAAUCCAGAGAAGAAGCAGCUACGAUUCAAGCUGGCAAGCGGCCGUACCUUUUAUCUGCAGCUCUGUUCCCAGCCUGGCACCCAAGAAGAUCUCUUUGGCCUGUGGGUCAAGGUGGUCAAUAUGCUGCGACCACCUUCCGACUUGAGCAUAAAAUCUCACCGCAAGACCACACAUGAAACCUCCAGGUCAAAGAGUCCAGCAGGAUCCUUAAAUGUGGAAGAAAAAGCGAGUGUACAGAGCGUAUACUUAGCAUCUGAAACUCCCAGCCUUAUUCAUGAAGAGGUUGCAAGCAGACAAAGUCUGAUAAUGUCCAUGGAGAGCCUGCCAAGCUCCCAAGGGCCCAGCUGGUCUCCCAUUGCCAGUGAAGAAAAGAUAUUUGACUUUGACAACUACCCACUGCCAGAAGGAAGGAGAUCACCACGGCAGCCUUUUGAAAGACCGCCCAGUCGCAAGAGCCAAGGCAACUCAGCCCGGAAAUCCAGCAAGAUCCUUUCCCUUAUCAGUUUCUGCUCCUGGGGGAACCGGCGGAGAAGCAAAUCCCGAGGCAAAGGAAAGAAACGCUGA